UAUACAGAUCCUCAGCAUUUUUCUCUCUCUAAACCUCAUUUACUCUUGUAUGGCAGUUCGCUUGCUAGCCUAUGAGAUAGCUGAUCUCUGCCUCGGCAAACCGCCGCUGAGGUCUCUCUCCGUCUCCGCCACCGUCGGCGACGCCUUGUCCGCCCUCAAAGCCUCCGAAGACACUUACAUCAGCGUAUGGAGCUGUGACCACUCCUCGCAGUCCAAAGCCGCCGCCGACGACGACGGCUGUCGCUGCGUUGGAAAGGUUUGCAUGGUGGAUGUCAUCUGCUUCCUCUGCAGAGACGACAACCUCUCGUCUCCGUUCUCUGCUCUCAAGUCCCCUGUUUCUGCUCUGCUGUCAAAGCUUCCUGGCCUCGUCAAGCACGUGGAUCCCUCUUCGAGUUUACUGGAAGCAAUUGAUCUGAUCCUCCAAGGUGCUCAGAACCUAGUGGUUCCAAUCAAGAGCAAGAUGACGAGCAACUCCAGAAGAAAACUACUGCAAAAAGCAUCCAAUGCUUCAACAAUCCAUAACGGAUCCGAAUACUGUUGGCUAACACAAGAAGACGUAAUCAGAUUCCUACUGAGUUCAAUUGGCCUCUUCUCACCUAUCCCUGCACUCUCCAUCGACACGCUCAAACUCAUCCGCACCGAAUUCUCGUCGAUCGGAUACUACUCCUCGGCCUCAUCGGCGAUUGGAGCCAUAUCCAGCUCUCUCGCCGACCAAACAUCCGUCGCCGUCGUCGACGACGACGGCAUUCUGAUCGGCGAGAUCUCGCCGUUUACUCUCAACUGCUGCGACGAGACGAUCGCAGCGGCCAUCACCACUCUCUCGGCCGGGGACCUGAUGGCUUACAUUGACUGCGGCGGUCCGCCGGAGGAUAUAGUGAGGGUGGUGAAGGCGAGGUUGAAGGAGAGGAAUUCGGAGGCAAUGUUGGAGGAAUUUGCGAUCUCGUCCUCUUCUGAUGUUGGCUCCAACUCGAACUCGUCGUCGGACGAGGAGUCUCCGACGACGGCAUUGCGUCGGUCGGGGAGGCACGGAAGGUCUAGCAGCUACUCGGCGAGGAUGGUGAGGAGAGCGGAGGCAAUAGUGUGCCAUCCAUGGAGUUCAUUGGUGGCAGUGAUGAUUCAGGCGAUUGCUCACCGCGUGAACUAUGUUUGGGUCAUCGAAGAUGAUGAUUGCUUAACCGGAAUUGUGACUUUCACUGACAUGUUGGAAGUUUUCCGGGAACAUAUUCAGGCCAUGGCCUGAUAUAUGAUAAGGAACUUUUAGAGUUCAAGUUCUGGCUCUGUACAAGUAGGAGAGAGAGAGAGUGAGAGGAACACGUUGUGAAUAUGAGCAUGUUUUUUGGUCUUGCUUUUGUGUAUCAUUUCAUUUGAGAAUAUGCUGCUGCUAUUUGUGUCUUGCUUCUGGUAUGAUUUGCACUUUUGGUUUUAUAAUUUUGAGCUUUUCAUCUUUUUUUCUAUUUUAUAAUAAAAAGUAAAGAAUUAUGCACUGGAA